AUGAACGAAAAAAUGACGAAAGGGCUCCACAUGGCAUUUAUGCCUUAUGGGGAACGUUGGAAGACUCAUCAUGGCAUACACACUGCAUAUCUCAAUGCGCGUAUGUCACAUAAAUACCGCAACUUGCAGGACAGGGAGAGCAAGCAGCUUUUGUGCGAUAUCAUGAACAGUGAUAAUAUUGCAUCGCACUUUCGGCGUUUUUCCUACAGCGUAAGCUUCGCCCUCGCCCACGGAAAGCGACUCGCUGCAACGGAUCGUGAGAUCUUGGAAGUCGAGCAUGUGACGGAUCAGAUUGUACGCAUUUUCCAUGAAAGUGGAAGUGCAUUAGUCGAAAUUUUUCCUAUGUUGAACUAUCUUCCUCGACGCUGGGCUAAAUGGAAAGACAUGGGCGAAGAGUUCCAUCAGCGGGUCGUUAGAUUCUACUCGAGCAAUAUGAUGGGUGCACUGCAACAGAAGUCAUGGAAUUGGACAAAGGAGUCUCUCCGCCUGAAAAGCGCUCAGCCUCUGUCUGCUCCUGAGCUUGCAUAUGUCACGGGUGUUCUUCACUCUGGAAAUGAAGUCACUCAAGCUGUUCUUGGAGUCUUCGUCAUGGUCUGUCUGCUCUAUCCGCAAGCAGUACAUCGAGCACAGGAAGAGCUGGAUCAGGUUGUGGGCCUAGAUCGACUUCCAGCUUUCGAAGAUGCUCCGAAUCUUCCUUACUUACGUGCGUUUAUCAAUGAAAUCCUCAGAUGGCAGUCACCAACUCCGAUGGGCGUGCCUCACGCAACAAGUGAGGACGACGAAUAUCUGGGGUAUCAGAUCCCCAAAGGGACCACAAUACUGGUCAAUCACUGGGCAAUAGACCAUGACGAAGACAUUUUUGAAAAUGCGGGCGAAUUCCAGCCCGAGCGAUGGCUGAAAAAUCCGAAGCUCCCACAAAUUUCGUUUGGCUGGGGAAGAAGAGUAUGUCUGGGUCAACAUAUGGGUCGCAACUCUCUCUAUGUGCUCAUCUCACGUCUGCUGUGGGGAUUCGAGGUCGACAGUCAGGAUGAUAACAGGAAAAAGUUUAUUGAGUCCUGGGACAUGGUGCAAAGUUUAACAUCAGGCCCAUCAUCAUUGAAAGCGAUGUUUCGACCACGAGAUCCUCAGAAGCAACGGGUGAUGGAAACAGCAUGGGAAACUUCAGAAAAGGAUGUUGACACCAUUCUUGCAGAAGUUUGGUCCGUCAAAAAGUAG